UUUGCUCAGAAUCAACAAACAUGGCCAGCGUAGCAACGAACACCGAUAUUAAGGGGUUAGUCCACUUGCACCUCCCUAUCUUUACACCUAAACAUCCCAUGAUACCAAAGCACUAUGUAAUGCAAUGGAAGAAAGAUAUGAAAAACCGAGAACUCAUACUAAAGUACCUGCCUUCUUUUUGGUUUUGGCAGAAUGCUGCACUGGCUAAGAUUCCCCAUGGACCACAUGAGGACAGCCUGUACUGGGAGCACCAGGAGAGACUGUGUCAUGGGCAGGAGAGGACAGGCAACCUAGACACCACUACCUACAGUUUUCCUCAAAGUAACAGGAAAAUCCCAAUAACGUCCCAUUACUCUAAAUAUAAGAGCUCAUUUAUCACUGGGAGAGGCGUGUGGGAAAAGGCACAGCUUUGAAUUUAAUAGGAAUUUGAAAUCCAUUAUUUUCAAUAAAAAUGCCUUGAAGUAUC